UGCCGAGGAACGAAGAUGGCGGUGAGGCGGGGAGGCCUCGGCGUCCUCCUCUUGCUCCUACCGUUGUUCCUGGUGAUCCAGGCAGGAACCGCCUCGGGGCCGCUCCCCGCCGCCUCCUCCGAGGCCUUCGACUCUGUGCUGGGCAACACGGCAUCGUGUCACCGCGCCUGCCAGCUGACCUACCCCCUGCACACCUACCCCAAGGAAGAGGAGCUGUUUGCCUGCCAGCGUGGCUGCCGACUCUUCUCCAUCUGUCAGUUCGUGGACGAUGGCGCCGAUUUGAAUCGGACCAAACAGGAAUGUGACUCUGCCUGUACUGAAGCAUACUCCCAAUCUGAUGAACAAUAUGCUUGCCAUCUUGGAUGCCAGAACCAGUUGCCAUUUGCUGAGUUAAGGCAAGAGCAAUUAAUGUCCCUGAUGCCAAGAAUUCAUCUCCUCUUUCCUCUGACACUGGUGAGAUCAUUCUGGAGUGACAUGAUGGACUCAGCUCAGAGCUUCAUAACAUCCUCAUGGACUUUCUACCUUCAAGCAGAUGAUGGCAAAAUUGUCAUAUUCCAGUCAAAGCCAGAAGUGCAGUAUGUUCCACAGCUUGAUCAGGAAACUGGAGAUACAAAAGGAUCCUUGUCACUGAGUAAAACAUCCUCAGAUGGACGUCCAGGGAGCUCGCAGCCAUUCCGAGGACUCUUUGAGGAGCGAGCCAAUGACAGCUUCUUCAAGUGUCUGUCCAUAAAUUCCAGUUGGAUUUUAACCACUACGCUCGUCCUGUCAGUGCUGGUGCUGCUCUGGAUUUGUUGUGCCACUGUAGCUACAGCUGUAGAGCAGUAUGUUCCAUCUGAGAAGCUGAGCAUCUAUGGAGAUUUGGAAUACAUGAAUGAGCAUAAACUCAACAGAUACCCACCCUCUGCACUUGUUGUGGUUAGAUGCAAGACUGAGGAACAUGAAGAAGCAGGACCUCUUCCUACAAAAGUCAAUCUGGAUCAAUCUGCAAUUUAAGUCCGUUGGAUCCAAUAGACUUAAUUCUAUCAGAGCUAGAAACUCCUGAUUGAUUGUGGUGGUUCUUCAGAUGAGAAGUUUAGCAGCCAGUCUUUAAAUGCAAAUAAAGUUGCAGAAUCAACAGAUGUCAUGGGAUUUUGUUUUCAGCUAGUAGAGAAGAUUCAGACAUUCAGACAUGAAUUUGUUUGUUUUCAGGCAUAAUCACUUUUCACUGGUGUUUGCUAUUGUGUCUUUUUGCUUACAAAAGUUGUAAGCAUGCUUUCCAUACUUCGGCCAGGACACUUUCAAACUUACUUGUAUGUUCUAGGAUGUAAUGUGUACAGUCAGAGUUAGCUUUGUAAAGGUAUACGACAUUUUAAGUAGGCAGGAGAUGCCUUUCUAGUGUUGCACUUUCUGUUGUAGUUAAGAGAAAAUAUUAUAAAAUUAUCUGCUGAA